UUUGCCUCGGCCCAGCGCCAACCCUCCAGAGGCUCGGUGCAGAUCAGACCAACCGAUCAGACCAACCGAUCAGACCAGGCCAACUGACCACGGACCGACUCUCGACCGCAACCGCCGCCAUGACCGCCAAGAAGGGCAGCCGCACGCCUCAAAAGCGCAGAGAUACCAACGACUCGACAGCAACAGCGACGCCGCUGGGUCGCAAGCGGGCUUCGACGGCCGAGAGCUUGUCUCCCCAAACCCCGGCCAAAAGAGUCAAGGAGGAAAUCUCGGUGGACGAAGCCAAGCUCUAUGAUCGACAGAUCCGCCUCUGGGGUAUCGAGGCCCAGCAGAGGAUGCGCAACACCAAAGCCCUGGUUCUGGGCAUGUGCGGCCUGACGCUUGAGAUCUGCAAGAACCUCACGCUCGCUGGACUUGGAUCGAUCACCAUCGUCGAGGACAAAGUGGCCACGGACAGAGACCUGGGCUCUCUGUUCUUCCUGUCCGAGUCAGAUCUGGGCCGCAAUAAAGGCCAAGCCGUACUCGCCCGCCUGAGGGACCUGAAUCCCCGAGUUGAACUAGAGGUCCUCGAAGUCGUGGCCAGCGAGCAAGCCGACAGCUUCUUUGAGCAGUUUGGAGUCAUCUGCACAUCGAUUCCGGACCUGGGUCUUAUGCUGCGACUCGAUAAGAUCUGUCGGGACAAGAACAUCAGCUUCUGGGCCGGCGGCGUUUCGGGAAUGUUCGGAUACUUCUUUACGGAUCUGAAGGAGCAUCAAUAUGCCGUCGAAACCAAGUCCAUCACGACCAAGUCGGACGAGAUUGCCAAGGUCACCCGGAGCGAACACACAGAGGCCUAUCAGAGCCUGGAGCACUCCUUGCAAAAGAAGUGGGGCGCCCUGUCCAAGAAGGAGCUGAAGCGAACCUCGGCUGUGUACUUUGGAUGGAACCUGCUGCUCAAGUUCCAGUCCAAGUUCGGGCGUCUGCCCCAGGAAACGGAUGCAGACGUCAAAGAGAUGCGGGUCUUGCGAGAUGCCUAUGUCUCGGAGCACCAGAUUCCCUCCUCGUUUCUCACGGACGACUAUGUGCGGACAUGGGCUCGGAUGGCUGCCUUGGAAGUCAUGCCCGUUUGCGCGAUCGUCGGUGGGCUCUUGGCGCAAGAGAUCCUGAAGGUUGUAUCCAAGAAGGAGCUGCCUUUCAACAAUUACUACUGCUAUUACGCUCUGGAAGGCGUCGGAUAUGUCAUGAAGGUCGAGUCGUGAUCUGCAGGUGCAUCCGGACGGCAAACUCGACUGGGCCUCUCAAGCUGUGCGACGGCGACGAGAUCGAUCGAUAGAUUGCGACGACUGUGCGUACAAGUGGACGGACCAUGUGUCGUAGCCUGCACAAAUCAACAGUGGCCAGCUUCUGGUGUCUGAAUACAGAUGCAUCAAAUCUGCCACAGCUCGCAUUUGUCCCAUCAUCGGAUCCCGUGGCGCCG